CGUCGCAGAUCUGCAGAAGGGAGAAGGGAGAUGGUGAAGGUCGGAGGUGAAGGAACAAGGGUGACGGUGGCCGUCGCAGAUCUGCAAAAGGGAGAACGGAGAAAUAUCGACAGGCUUUCUGUAAUUACAGAAGCAGGGGUGUUUAGUGGUACUUCAAAAGCACUCUUCACCAGCUGAAGGAAAUUUUGGUUAGAAGUUCUGUUGUGUAAUUUUAAUUCUUGGCCCGAUGUUUUGAAAUUAUUUAUUUCGUGCCAGAAGUUUUGAGAUAAGUUUAUUUUUGUCCUUGACUUUUCAUUCGUUUUAGCAGUGGUUGUAUUAUUGUGUUCGUUUUGCCACGUUCAACUUUUUGUUGUUUUAAUAUAGAAGUUUCAUUUCA